AUGAGAGAGAGAGAGAGAGGGGGGGGGGGUUCACCGAGUGGCAGCUGCUUUGGUUUGGUUUCAGUCAAGACUGACGAGUAUGGGUCCUGUAUGAAGUCAGUGCUCACAGCCUUCCCAACGCGCCUCACGUCGCGCCCCAGUCUCUAACCAGCUCUGAUAGGGGUCAAACUGGAUUACCGUUUGCGACCUUGUGACCUUGUCAUUACAACUAUUACUUGUUCUUGUCAAGAUGCCCAAACGAAAGUGUAAAUUCACUGCAGAGAUGCAGAACAAACUUCCGUGCUUCAAAAGAGGCAGGGAUGAGUGGGAAGCUGAGUGUUCGGUGUGUAAACAAGGAACAUUUGUCUCAUUGGCACAUAAAGGCAGUAAUGACUUACAGUCACAUGAUUAUCAGCCAUAUGCAAAGAUGGCGGGACAGAGAGGCUACGGGGCAAGAAGUCGAGACAAUCUUUACGCUGCUGCCGAAUCUGUCAACGAAAUGCUGGCUCAGUUGAAGGGCAUGGACGGCGGGCGCAGGGGCAGUGGCAGAGGCAGGAGGGGCAACUGGAACCCACCACCACAAGAGGUAUGGGGAGAGAUGCGGCAUCCAGAGGAUGGUUGGUGGCGAGGCAGGGACCGAGGAAGGGCAGGCCCUGGCAGGAAUCCUUAUGUCCCGGAGAUGGCUCCUCCCAGGGAGCCAGAGCGAGGACCCCGAGGGCGCCAGCAAAAGGGAGGCAAUUUCGGUCAGCGCAUUUCCUGUGAGCAGGGUACAGUCCAGCAGUUGGUGAUGGUACUGUCAGAGAACCCAAGCUUCACCAUGAGUCUCCUUAACCUGCUGGAGUACCACAACCUGCAGCCCAAGGAUGUGAGGCAAAUGGUAGCCUAUAAUGGCCACUUGUUCCAACUACAGAACGAUGAGGUGGUGCUUGCUCCCCGUCUGAAGCUGUGUGAUGCCCAUUCUAGUGACAGUGGGUGUCAGGAUCGCAAGGGUUGUGACAGCCUUCACAUGUGCAACAAGUAUGUGCUAGGAUGGUGCAGUGAAAAAGAGGGUUGUGUGUUGGGUCACAGGUGGCACACUGACCACAACCUGGCCAUUCUCAGGCGGCUCUCCAUGGAAUAUGUCAGGUAUCGUGUACUACAUGAACUGCUGCGAAGGAGCCACAGGCGGGGCCAACACGGGAGCCGACAACAGGCCGGACCUCUGGAUGUGUGCAAGGAAUACAACAACGCUGGAUGUAACCAACCCAAAUGCCCCAGCCUGCAUGUGUGCCUCAGCUUCGUGGUGGGCCUCACUAUCUGUACCCAGGACAACUGCGACCUGAACCAUAACCUGCUGAACCCUGCUUGCUGUCACCUACUCAAACUUCACCAGCUGCCUAUGAACGAGGCACCACGAGAUGUGGCCAUGGCCAUCCUUCUGGCCAAUCCUGGGCUGAAAGACAGAGCGAAGUCCCAUCCCAUCAAGGCUGCAGCUCGGGGUCAGGAAAGAAAGGGAAACAAGGCAAAGAAACUCCAGCAGGAAGGGAAUAGAAAGAAACAAAUCCCUACAAAAAAGGGAAAGAAAGUGAGCUCAUCUUCAAGUACUGAAAGUGAAACGGAAAGUGAAAGUGAUGACGAUGACUCAGACGACAAAGGGAAGAAAAGUCAUAAAGUAAAAAGCUCACAUUCUUCAAAGGCAAAAUCUAGAAAGACCAGCAAACAAGAUUCGUCAAAAAAAUCUAGGAAGUCAGACUCAGACUCAGACUCAGAUUCAGAUUCAGAUUCAGAUUCAAAUUCAGAUUCAGACAAGGGCAAGGGACGAGACACUAAAGGUAAACAGUUACCAAAACAAGACCAAAAAGACAGUGCUUCGCCGGGAACAAAACCGCACGCUGCACCUAAGCCAGCGCCAACGCCUCGCCGCACGCUGUGGGCCCACUACCUGCAGGGGGAUGUUGCCGAUCCACGGAUCUGUUAUUACUCGGUAGAAACCAUAUGUCGCGACGAGGCUACUGGCUGCCCAAAGCUUCACUGCACAACACACUUCCACUGGCAGGUGAAGGAGCAGGAUGGUCGCUGGAUCAACCUUCCUCCUAAAGAAUCACUCAGAAUCGAGAGGGCGUUCUGUAAUCCUGCCAACGACAACGUAGCCCUAUCUCGUCUUGAACCCGAAAAGCUGGAUCCCUCUACAACUGGUCUCCUCCUGCUGCUUGGCCGUGACAUCUGGCAGGCUGACUUCCUCUCCAGUAAGCUCACUAACUCUACAAAAAGCAAAACGCUACAGCUGCGGCGCCUGUGUACAGAGAUAAUAGCCGCUGGCCUCAAGGCAUCAACCUACCACUGGUACUUCCUGGACAUUAAUAAGAAAUGGGUGAAAUACGGCAAUAUGGACACUACUAGCCGCCAAGAGCUGGUUAGCAGCAUCACCUCAACAGACAUCGAGAAUCACUACGAGAAAACCCCACAGCAGCCUCUCCACUUCAAGAAUUCUAGGUUCUCGUACAUAUUAAACUUUGACUCCAUGACACAGACCAACCAGUCUACGGGAGUGAUCCGGCAUGUGCGACGCAGACCCGAGCCACACCUCCCAAAGGAGAACAAGACCAAGGCGGCCUCUGGCUCAGACCUUCCAUCUCACUGGGAUGACAUGCAACCUGAGGAACGCUCACGUCUUGUAACUUUGGCGACGGACUCAGAUGAAUACAAGAAGGUGGUGAAACUUCUAGGCACGAGUGUUCCCCCUACGAACGUAGUUCAAGUGGAUCGCAUUCAGAAUCCAUUUAUGUGGUGUGCCUUGCAGAACAAGAUCAAGGAACUGACAGCUUUGUAUAAAAAUGCAGAUAGUGUGAACGUGCGACAGCUGUUCCAUGGCACCUCAGACAACGUCGUGGCGAGCAUCUGCAAUGAAAACUUUGACUGGCGACUCCAUGGCACGGCAGUUGGACAGGCUUAUGGGAGAGGAACAUACUUUGGUGUUGAUGCAGCCACCUCUUACCAUUACUGUCGCCCAGGAUCUAAUGGCAACAAACACAUGUUUGUAGCAAGAGUGGCUAUUGGCUCUGCGGUUGUAGGAAGUUCUGGCAUGGCACGGCCUCCCAUCAACCCUAACACCUCCAUGCCUUAUGAAUCCACUACAAACAAUAUCAGCAACCCCAGUAUGAUCAUUAAGUACUGCAAACAGGAGUACUACCCAGAGUACCUUCUCACCCUCAAGUACGCAAGUGUUAUGUUGGUGAAUGUGGUGCAGGAGGUGAAGGAUGUGUUCUACGACUCUCUCGAGGAUCAUUUCGACCAUGUCCCCGUUGGACACCGAUCCAAGGCUUGUGGCUCCCGUGACGAGGAAUGCGUGACGGCGCCGCCCUGCGAGGACAAUGAAGUGACACCCCUGCCCCACGAGGACAACCACGUGACACCCCUGCCAUUCCAAGACAAUCACUUUGGGACCCUGCCAUGCGAGGACAUCCUUUCGGGACCUUUAGCCCGUGAGGACGACUUCUCGAGACCACUGCCCUGCGAGGACAACCUCUCGAGACCACUGCCCGGAAAGGACAAUCUCUUGAGACCCUCACCCGUUGAGGAUAGCUUCUCGAGACCCGUACCCCACGAAGACGACUACUCGAGAUCAUUGUCCCGCGAGGACAACCACUCGAAACCCUCACCUCGACUACUCGAGAACAUCACCCCGCGAGGACAGCCUUUCGAGACCCUUGCUCCAUGCGGACGACUAUUCGAGACCACUGUCCCGCGAGGACAUGCUCUCAAGACCCCUGUCCCACGAGGACAACCACUCGAGACAACUGCCCCACGAGGACAGGCUCUCAAGACCCCUGUCCCACGAGGACAACCACUCGAGACAAUUGCCUCACGAGGACAAUUAUUUAAGACCCCUUCCCCGCGAGGACAACCACUCGAGACAACUGCCCCGCGAGGACAACCACUCGAGACAACUGCCCCGCGAGGACAACCACUGAGACAACUGCCCCGCGAGGACAACCACUCGAGACAACUGCCCCGCGAGGACAACCACUCGAGACAACUGCCCCGCGAGGACAACCACUCGAGACAACUGCCCCGCGAAGACAACCACUCGAGACAACUGCCCCGCGAGGACAACCACUCGAGGCAACUGCCCCGCGAGGACAACCAGUCGAGACAACUGCCCUGCGAGGACAACCACUCGAGACAACUGCCCCGCGAGGACAACCACUCGAGACAACUGCCCCGCGAGGACAACCACUCGAGACAACUGCCCCGCGAGGACAACCACUCGAGACAACUGCCCCGCGAGGACAACCACUCGAGACAACUGCCCCGCGAGGACAGCCAGUCGAGACAACUGCCCCGCGAGGACAACCACUCGAGACAACUGCCCCGCGAGGACAACCACUCGAGACAACUGCCCCGCGAGGACAACCACUCGAGACAAUUGCCCCCCGAGGACAAUUACUCGAGACAACUGCCCCGCGAGGACAACCACUCGAGACAACUGCCCCGCGAGGACAACCACUCGAGACAACUGCCCCGCGAGGACAACCACUCGAGACAACUGCCCCGCGAGGACAACCACUCGAGACAACUGCCCCGCGAGGACAACCAGUCGAGACAACUGCCCCGCGAGGACAACCACUCGAGACAACUGCCCCGCGAGGACAACCACUCGAGACAACUGCCCCGCGAGGACAACCACUCGAGACAACUGCCCCGCGAGGACAACCACUCGAGACAACUGCCCCACGAGGACAACCAUUCAAGACCCCUGCCUCACGAGGACAACCUCUCAAGACCUCUGUCCCGCGAGGACAACCACUCGAGACAACUGUCCCACGAGGACAACCAUUCAAGACCCCUGCCUCACGAGGACAACCUCUCAAGACCUCUGUCCCGCGAGGACAACCACUCGAGACAACUGUCCCGCGAGGACAACCAUUCAAGACCCCUGCCUCACGAGGGCAACCAUUCAAGACCCCUGCCUCACGAGGACAACCAUUCAAGACCCCAGCCUCACGAGGACAACCAUUCAAGACAACUGUCCCACGAGGACAACCAUUCAAGACCCCUGCCUCACGAGGACAACCAUUCAAGACCCCUGCCUCACGAGGACAACCACUCGAGACAACUGUCCCACGAGGACAACCAUUCAAGACCCCAGCCUCACGAGGACAACCAUUCAAGACCCCAGCCUCACGAGGACAACCAUUCAAGACCCCAGCCUCACGAGGACAACCAUUCAAGACCCCUGCCUCACGAGGACAACCAUUCAAGACCCCAGCCUCACGAGGACAACCAUUCAAGACCCCUGCCUCACGAGGACAACCAUUCAAGACCCCUGCCUCACGAGGACAACCACUCGAGACAACUGUCCCACGAGGACAACCAUUCAAGACCCCUGCCUCACGAGGACAACCAUUCAAGACCCCAGCCUCACGAGGACAACCAUUCAAGACCCCUGCCUCACGAGGACAACCAUUCAAGACCCCUGCCUCACGAGGACAACCAUUCAAGACCCCUGCCUCACGAGGACAACCAUUCAAGACAACUGUCCCACGAGGACAACCAUUCAAGACCCCAGCCUCACGAGGACAACUAUUCAAGACCCAUGCCUCACGAGGACAACCAUUCAAGACCCCUGCCUCACGAGGACAGCCUCUCAAGACCCCUGCCCCACGAGGAAAACCAUUCAAGACCCCUGCCCCGCGAGGACAACCACUCGAGACAACUGCCCCGCGAAGACAACCUUUCGAGACCAUUGCCCAGCGAGGACAAUCACUCGAGACCCCUGCCCCACGAAUACAACCAUUCAAGACCCCUGCCUCGCGAGGACAACUCAAGACCCCUGCCCCACGAAGACAGCCUCUCGAGACCAUUGCCCCGCGAAGAAAACCACUCGAGACCCCUGCCUCACGAGGACAAUCAUUCAAGACCCCUGCCCCGCGAGGACAAUCACUCGAGACCCCUGGCCCGCGAAGACAGCCUCUCAAGACCCCUACCCCGUGAGGACAGCCAUGCAGCAGCCCCGCUCCGUGAUGCAAACCGUGUGAUGGUGUCACUCCUUGAAGAUGAGCGAGUGACAGCCUCGCCCCAUGGAGGUGAACGCAGGGACGACCCGCCGCGUGAGGAUGAGCACCAGACGAGUCAGAAGGUCUGGAGCUUCACGACAGACCCAGUGAAGGCGAACAUUGCCAUGGAGUGGGAAGAAGACCUGAGUGAUCCUUUUGAGAGGGUCUUGGCCAGGAGAGAUUGCCACACAAAUCAUUCCACGAAUCAGGAAAAGACUGCUGGUGAAAAGAUUGAUGCUUUGUUACAAUCCUUGAAGAAACUGCAAGCAGGUGGCAAGCAGCGGAGCACAGGGACACCACAUCAUUAUUCUGACGAAGAGGGAGACCAUGACACCAUAACCCAACGGUAUACUGCACAACAUGAUAGUAGAUCAGAGCAACAUUAUCCUGAAGGACACCAGAACAGAAGGGUACCUCGGCACUACCCUGAAGAACACCAAGACCAUAUGACACCACAUCAUUAUUCUGAUGAAGAGGAAGAGGAAGACAAAAGGGCACAGCAUUAUAAAGAUAGAGAGCAUGGCAGCAGGUCACAGCACCCUGAUUAUUCAAUGCAAGACAGAAGUAAUGAACAGCUUCAUGACAGUGAUAGUGAUGAGCAGGACAGCAGGACACAUCAUCAAGGUGAUGAACAAGACAAGAGGCGACAGCACCACAAUGGUGAAGUACGUGAAAAUGACCAGCAUAAAAGACAGCAACAUUACCAAGAUGGGAGUAAGGAGUUGGCCGCAACAACUUUGCAGCACGAUGAACAGAGUAGAAUUCAGCAGCAUUACAGUGAUGAAGAUGAGGGAAGCAAGCCACAGCAUCAGUCUCCCAAGGAUGAAGCCAGCAGAACUCUGCAUGCUGGCCAGGAGAGGCACAGCUGGGGCAGAGGUGAGGCUCGUGGGUGUGUUCGUGGUGGGCCGCACUGGAUGGGACAGCGUGAAGACCAGACACACUCCUGGAGGCAAGAAAGGCCAGCCAAAGUGCAGAAUGAACAUGGGCUUGCCUGGAAACACAAUCAUUCGUGGAGGACCGCUGAGAAUGACCAUCCAGGAAGUAACUGGCGGCAACAACACACUCACCCUGACACCUACUACAGAGACAGAGAUCACAAUCUUGAUGGUGAUGCUUCACACAACAUGUAUGAUGAAGGAGAUAACUUGGAGCCUGAGGACUUGGUGAGUGUCUUGGUAGAACGUCCUCAUUUCCGCUGCACGUUCAUAAACCUCUUUGACUAUCACUGCUUUGCUACUGAGUCAGUGCGGCAGGUGGCAGCAGCCCACCCAAACAUCUUCAACGUGAACAGGGAAGGAGUGCAACUUAAGCCACAGAUUAAGUUGUGUCGAGCCAACCAGACCCAGAGGUGCACCAGUGGCCGGUCCUGCCCUGACCUCCACGUGUGCAGCACCUACAUUUCCAGCUGGUGUUCAGAAACCCCUUGUCGACCUGGCCACUCACUCUACACAGACCACAACAAGGCUGUCCUGAAGACAUUUAUGCUGGAACAUUUGUAUGUAACACAUAUCAAGAAACUGUUGAAGCAUCUCAUCCCUACUGCAGUGCCACCUUCAGGCUGCCUGGAGGUGUGUCAGGACUACAACAGUGGACAGUGUAAAAAGACUGACUGCCAGGCAUUGCAUCUCUGUCGUCGCUUCGUAGUGACCCGUGCAAACUGUGACAGACCCAAGUGUAGCCUCAACCACAAUCCACAUGACCCAGCCUGCUCCAUGCUACUGGUUUACCACAGAAUAUCUAUUAAUGAAAAUAUCAAGGACAUCAUUGUAGCAAUAUUGAAUGCAAAUCCCUCCUUGGUCCCUAAGGAUUCCACCAAACCUUUGCCUCCACGACAGCCACAGUCACAACCACAGACACAGACACAGACACAGACACAACCACAGCCACAACCACAGAAGCAGUCACAGCCACAGCCACAGCCACAGCCACACACCAAACCAGCUCCCAAGGAUACAAGCCCUAAGCAAAAGGCUACAUUGUUGGAUAAAGUGAAACAAUGGCUGGAAGUAGAUAGUGACACUUCCAAGAAUAAGGAAUCUACAACGCCACACACCCAGGAAGACACAGUGACUCCAGCCCAAGGCGCCACAGCCAAGAACACCUCAGAUAAAAAGUCAGAGAGAGUCAAAGAGUCAGGUCAGGACAGCAGCAGUAAGGCUACACACAAGCCAGAUAGAAAGCACCCUUCUGACAGCAACACUGCCACAGGUGGAGCAGUAGGUGGCAGGCAAACAGUGUGGGCCUAUCACCGCACAGGCAGUGUUGAUAUCGCUGAGAUUUGCCGUUUCUCUGUGGAGGGCAUCUGUAUGUAUGAAGACCAGGGAUGCAGGAGGCUGCAUGCAUCACAGCCUUUCCACUGGCAGGUGCAUAAGAUUGCAGGUCAAGACUCUUGGUUCAAUCUGCCAGCAGCCCUUGUCACCUGCCUAGAAAUAGCCUUUUGUGACCCAUCCAAGAACGGAGUCAAGUUGCCCUCUCUUGACCCUGCCCAAAAGCGACGCCUGCAGGACGUAUUGGAUCAGGACACGUGGUAUGCCAACUUUGAGGCCAUGGUGCUGACCAAUUCUGAUUAUUCUAAGGUGGUGGGUCUGAGGCGCCUUUGUGUACAGGCCGGUGCUACACCUCUGCAUACCAAGGCCCGGACCUUUAACUGGUUCUUCUGCGAUGUCAGAGGACGGUGGGUGAAGUAUGGACAGGUAGACAGCACAGGACAGGCCAACCUCAAGAGCAACAUUACCUCUUCAGACAUCGAGGCUCAUUAUCUGGCAAGCCCUGAGCAGCCACUCUCCUUCAGGAACUCCCAGUUCUUGUACCUUAUAAACUUUGGUGCCAUGACGCAGACCAACCAGACCACCAAGGCACAACGAGCGGUGCGCCGCCGCCCAGAGCUCCACCCCAGCCUGUCAGCUGCUAAAUAAAGACAUUAAUGACAUGAGGCUCACCAGUAACCUGCGGUGUAGGCCUCAGUCUGUGGUGGACAUCAUGCUUUUGCCUGAUCAGUAACAGGACUUUGCUCUUCAGACCACAGCACGUACUGGGAUGAGAAGAGGGCAGUGUAGUGUAGUGGUGCACUAUUCUGUGCUGUGAUGGGUAGUUUAAGAGGUUUACGAGGUGUUGUGCUGAUGACAAUCAUCUCGAUACAGUGAACACUAUGAUAAAUGCAUUUCCUUUUGUUUUGUAAAAUUAUGUAUUUUGUAGCAGGCAACACUUUCAUUCACUUAUAUUACAAACUUGAGUUCAUAUUUUAUGUAGCAUUUUCACUUAUAGUGGGUACUCAUUGGAGUUUUAUCUUGUAUAUCACAAAUAGAACUUUUUUUCGUUUGAGAUGAAACAUUGCCUAUAAUUAUAUACUGUGGAAUGAAAGAUUACUCUUAGGAAUGUAUAGUUUCUGAAAAGUGGCUGUCAGCAGAUGGCAGCUGAACCUUAUCUUAUGAACUUCUUUUGACACUAUACAUACAUUAAUGUAUUUGGCGUAUUAAGAAAAACACCAUUCUUUGAGAGAAGUAAGACAGGUGAGUGUGUUAUAUCCAUGGAAACAAAUAAAAGUUGUUUUUCAGGUG